CUGUGGAAGCACAUUGUUCAACGCGGGCUCGUUUCACCCAGAACCAAUGAACGCCUCGGUGCCGCUUGCUGCAUUUUAGCCACUGAAAAAGCUCAACAGUUUCUGGGGGAGAAUAAUAAGGUACAGAUAUCCGAAGACGGCGGGAAUCAGACCAAGAACAUUUUGUUUUCCUCUGAUUAGAGUUGAAAGGUUUUUUUCUUCUUCUUCUUCUUCUCCUCCGGUUGGACCAAACGUCGCUCUUGUCGCUAAUUAGAGCUCUGCUUGUUCAUUGGUGUGUGUGGUGAGCAGUAGCGGCAAAGAUGACGGAGUAUAAGCUGGUGGUGGUGGGAGCUGGAGGCGUUGGCAAAAGUGCACUCACCAUCCAGCUCAUCCAGAACCACUUUGUGGAUGAAUAUGACCCCACCAUAGAGGAUUCCUACAGGAAACAGGUGGUGAUUGACGGGGAGACCUGCCUGCUAGAUAUCCUGGACACUGCAGGUCAGGAGGAGUACAGUGCCAUGAGGGACCAGUACAUGAGGACAGGAGAGGGCUUCCUCUGUGUCUUCGCCAUCAACAACACCAAGUCCUUUGAGGACAUUCACCAGUACAGAGAACAGAUUAAACGUGUAAAGGACUCAGAUGAUGUUCCAAUGGUGCUUGUGGGAAACAAAUGUGACCUCCCGGCACGCACAGUGGACACAAGGCAAGCCCAUGAACUCGCCCGCUCCUACGGCAUCCCUUACAUCGAGACCUCUGCCAAGACACGACAGGGAGUAGAGGACGCCUUCUACACACUGGUCAGGGAAAUCAGACAGCAUAAGCUGAGGAAGCUGAAUCCGCCCGAUGAGAGUGGUCAGGACUGUAUGAGCUGUCGCUGUGUGGUGUCAUGAUGCAGUUCACCGUUGCACGUUGAGGAGAAAUGCUACAGCGCGUAGUGACAGCAUGGACUUCGAGAUAGAAAGAUAAAACUACUCAAUGAUGAAAUAUAAACUUUUUUCAAAAAGAGGAUGAUGUAAGAAAAAGCUCUCAAGGAAACCACCAGAGCUGACUGAACCAUAGACUUUAUGGAAAGGAGGAUUUGGACUGUUGCCUAAGUGGCUAGCUGAACUAGCCUGGUCCGGCCCCCUUUUUUUGGUCCACGUUGACCUGAGAGCAACACCACUAAUGACUCUUGUCAACUCCAGUGCGGUCUCGCUGGGUAGCUCCACAAGUUUCCUGCUAACUUAUUGUUUUCAGUCUCAACACUGGUCUUAAAGGGGGCAUCUCUGACCUCCUCCCACCUUGAAAGCCUAAUUCCACUCUCCCCUGGCGUCCCACUGGAAGGACUGACUUGACUUAAAUGGAAUGGACUGGAAUGGACAUUUAGUUGCCCCAACACCUCUCACAUAAAUAACCCCCCACCCAUCCCACUCUACCUGCAUUUGGGGUUGGAGGCUGACAUGGGAAUGAUUAUAAUUUGUCGUUGUUGUUUAACAGUUAGCCUAGCAGUAAAAAAAAAUCUGAUUUUGUUUUCUGAUGUGGAACAUCUUUUGAGAUUGGAGGAUUUGAAUGUCGCUGAGCACUAUGUGAACAAGGGUGUUCAUUUCAGAUGGCACCUGGUUUGACAUUUUUCACGACCUGCCUGAUGUAGUUGGGAUUCCCAUUGAUCUGCAGAAAGGAGAAUAUAAAGAUAGAUGAACUUGUUUUCUCCAGAAUUCAGCUGCCUUUUCUUCUUACAGAUGUUUCUUUACUAAGAGUUGUCUUUGUGGAAUAAUAAUAGUAAUGGCUAGUGUACAUAGGUGCUGGUGCAAUAGGAUUCUUUAUUGUCCACUUUAUACAAAGUAUUGGCGGGAAAAACACCUCAUGACUACUUUAUUUUACUUUGGUUUAGGAAGAAGGGGUACAGUACAUGAAAAUGUAGCUGUUGUCAUCCUCUCAGUUGCUAAAGCUGGAGUGAUCGCCUGUAGGAUACUUAUACAAAGACAGUUAACGGUUUUAGACACCAGUUGCUUUUCCCUGCUUUCAUUUCAGCAACUUUAAGGUGUAUAAUUGUUAUUUACUACAUGGUGAUUACAGCUUGUUUUUAGAUUGCAAGAAUCAUUCCUCAUAGUUACUAAGGCUCAGGAAUCAGGGUUCAGGAAGGUCGCAUGAAAUAGUCCUGGAAACGAGGGUUAGGGAUAUCACCAGAGUGUAAUGCACAAGUCCUGCCUCAGAAUAGUCAAACUUCAGUUUUCCCACACACCAUACUAUCCUCAAACAGCUCCUCUUUCUCUGCCUCUUCUGCUCUUCAACGGAACAAUAACAGGUCAGGUGCUAAUCAUGUCAUAUUUACUGUAAAUGUGGGAAUAUUGUGUGUAAUAGGUGAUGGAUAUUGGGGUUAUGGGGGUGCAUUGCUUUGUGUCUCCAUACAGACUAGCUUGCGCUCUCCACAACUGCAUUAAUUUGCUGCCUAAAAUGAAAAAGACUGCUCCGUGUUUACUUUGCCUUAUAUGUUAGCUAGUUUGUACCUCAUGUAUGCAGCAAGCUCUACCUGAGACAGUUUUUUGUUGUUUUGCCUCAUUGUUUUGUUUGUUCGUGUGGAACUUAAGAAAUACAAUGGCGUGUUGAAUCUAAAUAUGCGCUGUACAGAAUUUGAAUGGCAAGACGAACCCCCCAAAACACUACACUUGAUUUUGUUUUCUUUUUUUUAAGGGUUUAUCUGUAAUGACGUGUGUCUGAAUGUGAUCCUGUUUAACAUGACUGAAACACACAAAAAGUUAGUAACAGUUCUUUGGACAAAACCCUGUUUAAGCCAAUUUGCCUUACUUAAAUGUUCAAUUUAGGUGGUCUGGUGGUGAAUAUCCUUUAAAAAAAUCUUGACAUUACAUUGAAACAUGUUGUUAAUGACUAGAAUGUGUACCUUUUUAAGUCCCCCAAAUUAGAGUGUGCAGAAUUUGUCAUGUAUUAUAAUGGAUGUUCCAGACACUACAGGCAGGUUUUGGCAACAUGCUUCAGAUGCAAACCUCAAAGACAUCUCGGACCUCUUUAGUGAAAAAUGUCAAAAGCAAGUUUUUAUUUCUGACCCAGUUGAUUUUGUACAGUUAAAGUGACUCUUCUUUUUACUCAUAACAUGGCUCAAAGAAUCAUGAUCAGUCUAGUUACUGUGUGGAUGAUAGUGGUCAAGUUGUUUAAAUCAGUUAACCGUUCAUUCCUCUGCUUGGAGGAAGGAUACGAACUGUGAAUGUGUCUUUAGAUAUUGUUUUUAAGAAGCCUUGUGUUUAAAAUUUACAAUCUUGAAAUAAUGCAGGAUUUCCAUACUUUUGGAGUUGAUCCUAGGUCCCACGUGUAACUGUUUUGCUCCUAACAUUUCAUUUUUCACCAAUUGUACUCAAACCACUUAAUGGAAAAGAAGUGUGGAGUUUGUAACAUGUAAGUACAGUCCUGAUAGUAUUCUUGUCCUCUCCCUGUCAAUCUUUAUACAGUACAUCCGUAAUAAUACAAAGAUUCCACAAAUCUAUGCAUUAAAUUCCCAUUGCAUCAGAAUAUCGGUGUCAUGUUGCCACAAGGAUACUCAGCCAGCAAAACCAUAAGUAUACAUGUCAGAAAACCUGGCAAGCAUGACAAAGACUGUAUGGACCAUUGGGAGUUUUGCACAAGGAUACAGUGGGCUCAAGGGCUUGUUUCUCCCUUGAAAACUGUGUGGAAUGGAGGUGUGGAAAGAAUUUGUGAAAAUGUCAACUGUUUAGCUAUUUAAGUUGUAUUUACUCUUAAAAAAAGGCAAAUGUAUUGCAGGACAGGAAUAAAGAUGUCAAGAUGAAA